AUGGGUGGAACUUCUUCCUCAUGGGUUGUGGUUCUUGAAAAUGACUGGGAUGUACUGGACCUAACACUUCUUCGAAAGCCCUGGACACCCACGGGCAACGACCAGUUCUCCCAGUUUUAUGCAAUUAUUUCACUGAGCAAGAUGCUAUCUACAGUGCAAAAGCCUGUGCUUUUUAUCCUUGGCCACUGGGUUGUCGCGACAACUUGCCUCCAACCUGAGGGAGUGUCCGUGCCAUCUGUCAAUUCAAAGAAGCCUCUCCGUUUGGACACAAGCAAAUGUUCUGAUGUUGCAGUGCCACGCAGCUCUGGCAACACUCCUCUGUUGAUAGCAAGUGAGAACUACAAGCAGCACCUUGGGGCGACGUUAUUCUUCGAUCUUUCUUGCGAUAAACACGUGAUUGGGGCGUUCCUAAAAUCGUUGAGUUGGGUUUUCUGUCAUGAGUCCAACUUUCUUGCAUAA